UACCAAACAUCCCCAUGCUCCAAUGUGUUUCCCUUGUUCAUGAAACAGUUGCUGCCGAAAAACCCAGGACCCAGGACCCAGGACCCAGGACCCAGUACCAAAAAAAGGCAGGAGUGAAAGCGAUGCACAAGAUGUGGAGGCUGAAACGAUUUGCAGAUCAAGCUUCCAUUGCUAGAACUUCUAUUCUAUGCUAUCACAAACGAUUUUCCAAUGUCAAUUCUUUCUCAUUUUCCCCCUUUUCUCAUCCUUCGCAGUCUACAUCUGUCCGAUUUCUAGACUUCUAUCAGCUCGGGAGUAAAGAUGCCAUUGAGAAAGAACGUGCUCGACUGACAGUAAAGAUGAGAUGAGUAGAGGAUAUUUUGCUGAUAUGUCUGAUCUUAAAAAACAUGGCGGCAAGAUUGCCAUGGCGAAUAAGAAUCUAAUUCCUGUGGCUGUAGCGGCGAAGUUUCCUACUCUGGAAGUUAGUUACUCAGACGGUACACUUCUUAAGCUGCCUCUUGGGUCAGAUGGCAAUGUGGUUGAUCCCAACAAGUUGGAUGUUCCUGAGGCAACUUUGCUUUCUCUUUCGUUUCGUGCAAGUUCUCAGGCUAUGAAUGAAUCUUGGAGCAAACCGUUCCUUAAUACUUUCAGUGAUUCCAAAAACAUCCAUCUCUAUGAGGUAUCUUUAGUUGACUCAUGGUUUCUGUCACUAAGUCCCGUUAAGCGGAUCUUGCUUCGAAUGAUGAAGCAAUCAAAUCCAUCCGAGAAUUCAGGUGCUUUGCAAAGGCGGUUUGUCUAUUCAUUUGGUGAUCACUAUUACUUCAGAAAGGAACUUCAGAUAUUGAACCUUUUGACUGGGUACGUUUUCUUGCUGGACAAAUUUGGUAGAAUAAGAUGGCAAGGUUUUGGAGCAGCAACGGAAGAGGAGUUAUCCUCACUACUUUCAUGCACAUCCAAUUUACUUGAGGAGAAAUAAGGUCCCCAAGUAGUCGAUCUUGCAUCGUGCAAAGUUUGUGUAACAUUAUUUUUACUGUUGAGUCAUUAUAGGCCUAUGGUCGGAACGUGACGAAUUUUCAAGAUUCUAGUACGGUACCCUUAAUUGGUUUAUGAUUAAUUCCAAGAGGAGUUUUGAUAGCACAAGCCACACAUUUUUGAUGAUAAAUAAGUGAUGAUUGAUACAGUUGAUCGUACUUGUAUCCCAAGAUAGUUGGACUAACCAGUUUUUAUAUCAUAUUCUUAGUUUACAUGAAACAAACCUAGGCCUUUUGGACCAUUUGAUGAUAGGUUUAUUCAGUCGACCUCAGAUAUGUUCAGCUC